GCAUCCCGAGAAGCGCUUCUGCGAUUUUGACCACGUCCCUCCGCAUCCGAAGCAGCGGAUAAGCGGAGUCGUCCACGUAAAAGAAGCCCUCUCUCUCUCUCUCUCCUUUCUAGCCCCCGAGAAGCGCUUUUCGGCGACGUUCUCAACGCCACGGGGGGAAUAUUCAUGUCCCAUUUCCUCUGUUUCUGAUGCUCCUCCCAUAGUUGUUUUCAAGAGUUUGAAUUUGUUUCAACUCUCAGAAAUUGAAUCAUAUGUUCUUAAUCUAUGAUUCGUAGUUACUGGUGCUCAAGUUGGUUGAGAUUUUGCAGAAAUGGCUCUACCAAAUGGCGCGAGAAAAAAGUUCCUUUUCCCGAAUCUGUUUGGGAGUAAAGAGAAAAAAUCAUCAAAUAUAAUUGAGGGAUCAAUUAGCUCAUCUACUGAUUUCGGAGGAAGUCCGGUUAACUCACCAAGAACAUCCUCUUCCUUUUUCAAAAGCUUUUCCGGAGAGAGCAAGAGCCUAAGUUUCAGCGACAUCUCUUCCUCAGGAUCAAAUGCUGUUAAAACUGAGGCCUUCAGGAUAUUUGUCGCGACAUGGAACGUAGGCGGGAAACCUCCGUAUGUUGGUUUGAACCUCAAUGACUUUCUCCCUGCCGAUGAUCACUCCGAUAUUUAUGUUCUAGGUUUUCAGGAAAUAGUCCCUCUAAAUGCCGGAAAUGUGCUCGUCGAAGACAACGAGCCGGCGACAAGAUGGCUUACUUUGAUAAACCAAGCCCUCAACAGACCGGUCGACGUCGACUCUGACAGCUUCUCUUACAGUCCAUCCCCCUCCGCCACUUCUGCUUCUCCGCAAUCUGCCACACUCAACACUCCAAUGCCGAAAUUCUCGGAGAAUUUGAGCACCGGUUCUUUCGUCUUCCAAAAAUCUUCACUAAAAGCGGCGAGCGAAACGUUCAGAACACCUCAGCGACGGCAACUGACGAGGUGCAAUUGCCCAGCGGAGGUGAACGAGAAGUCGUAUAGGAGCUCAUGCUUCACAUGCCAACGGGCUCGUUACGUCAGCGAGACCGAUUCGUCGGAGGAAGAGGAGGACGAAGAGGAGGUGGUGUCGAGCAGCUUUACAAUGAAUGAUUUGGCUAAUGCGGCGGUUUCUGCAACGAGUAACCAAUUAAAGUAUAAUCUCAUCGCGAGCAAACAAAUGGUGGGGAUCUUUGUUACCGUGUGGGCGAGGAAAGAUCUGGUCCAACAUGUAGGCCAUCUUCGGCUCUCUAGUGUCGGCCGCGGUGUCAUGGGUUAUCUCGGUAACAAGGGAUGCAUAUCGGUGAGCAUGUCCUUGCAUCAGACGAGCCUCUGCUUCGUUUGUAGCCAUUUGGCGUCUGGCGAGAAAGAAGGCGACGAGUUGAGGAGGAAUUUGGAUGUUAUAGAGAUCUUGAAGAACACUCAAUUUCAAAGGGUUUGCAGAAGAGGCGGACGGAGAGUUCCGGAUAAAAUUCUCGAGCACGAUCGGGUUAUAUGGUUAGGGGAUUUAAAUUACCGGAUUUCGUUGAGCUACUCGGAGACGAGGAAGCUACUCGAGGAGAAUAAUUGGGAUGCUCUCUUUGAGAAGGAUCAGCUUAAGAUGGAAAGAGAAGCGGGCCGGGUGUUUAAGGGAUGGAAUGAGGGGAAGAUCUUCUUUGCUCCGACCUACAAGUAUUCGUCGAACUCGGAUUCUUAUGCCGGAGAGACCGUGACAUCCAAGAAGAAGAGGAGAACGCCAGCGUGGUGCGAUCGAAUUCUAUGGCACGGUGACGGAAUCAUGCAAUUGUCUUACAUACGAGGGGAGUCGAAAUUCUCCGAUCAUCGUCCAGUGUGCGCGGCUUUCAUAAUCGAGGUCGGAGUGCUCGACAGCCAACUGAAGAAUGGUUUAUUAACCCCCAAUAUGAAAGUCGGCGCAGAAGAGCUUCUGCCUCCAAGCAGUAGCUGCCCCUAGUAGUUACAGUAAAUCAAAUGCCUACCCUAAAAUAUUAAUUGUCGAUCGCACUCCUACAUUAAUCAAAGCAACGAGUUUCGCGCACUGAUCCACUUUUGUGAUCAAUAGAUUAACUCGUCGUGAAGUUCAUUUUGUCGUGCAGUAAAAGAAACACACGAGAUCGGUAGAGACUGAAUUUCUUGCUGUACAUAUAUUCACGAUGACAAUAUAAUCGGUUUGCUUUCAUCUGCAUUGGUUCCAAAGGGACUCAUGAUGCCGAAGUGCCGUUUCGUUUAUUCUAUUUUUUUUUUCGUUCGAUUUUUCGUUUUGUUUAUAUGUUUGAAAGAUACAGGAGAGAUAAAUGAGGUGAAUAGCAUGUAAAAUGGUUAUCUGAAUAGCCACUGAAAUGUACAAAAAUGUGAUGUGUAAAGUAAACAGCAUUUAUCUGUUUUUUUUUUUUCCUUUUUCAGAAUAGGACAAUUUUCUUUUUUACUCUAUUUUUUCUCCUGAGAAUAGUUUCAGAAACAGUGUCUUAUCUUAGUUCUCAGAUAUGAUUCAUUUGUAAAUGACUCUUUCUUUUCUCUUAUAUGGAACAAGUGGUAAAUUGUCGGUAUGU